GCUUCCCCACUUCUACUCUCCACGGGCUAUCAUCCGAAAUCGCAGACCGCCCCAUCUUCCGUCCUCCGUCCCCCAAUCCGAGGUCAACUUUUGGGUUUCUGACAUUCCUUCUCCAAGCCGGCAGGCCGUAAAGGUUCUCAUUCAGUUGCCUUCAUCUCUCAAAUCUUCGUAGGGCUUAUAUUCGGUUCCAUUUUUCAGCGAAUCGGCGCUGGUCUCUGGCCCCUGCCAGAGCCAACGGCAUCGCUGACACGGCGUUUUACGACUGUUUCCCAUCAUUUCGUUCUAGUCUAGUUGCCAACACCCAGCAAUACGGGUCGGUCUGCGGAGCUGCGGAGCAGUAGCCUGCUGUACGCUACCUACCGCCUGCAUAGCGAACCUCCACCCUAUGACAACAUACUAGGUAUAUCGACGACACCCUCAGAGACGUCCCUUCGAGAGCCUUACGAUGCCACCACCGAAUACGCCCGAAGAGGGCCUUUUGCCUCCAGGCGGUCGCCAUCGCAUGCAAAACAACUAUAAUGGUGUUGAGAUGAUCGCCACCAGCACCGACCAUGAAGAUCGGGAUGGUGGGGUUCGAGAGGACUACGCGCACAACGAUGAGAAUCACAGUCUGGCAGUUCUAAACCAUGCGCCAGAGCCAGCCAUGUCGCUCGAGCCAGAGCCGGCAGCAUUACCACCGAGCUUGGAUUGGCCAGCUCUUGAAUACGUGGGGGAGGUCAGCCAGAAUUUAUGGUGCCCCAUCUGCCAAGCUCCAUUGGUUCUGCCUGUUGUUACCAGGUGCGGUCAUGUCUUCUGCUCGGGCUGUUUUGACGGGCUCCUUGAGCACAGCAAUAAGUGCUGCCCUCUGGACCGCAAGUCGUUUUCUCGGGACCUGGAACGCGGUCGCUUUCCCGCGAGACCAGCUCCGCGCAUCAUACAGAACCUGCUUGACGAACUGCAAGUGAGAUGUCCGAACCGGCGUUGCAACAAAGUCGAAACACGAAGCUCAAUAAAGCGGCACUAUGAAAGGGAGUGCAACUAUACCAAGGUGCCAUGUUCUGCCCCUUCCUGUCAGAAGCUGGUUGCAAGGAUGGAUGCUGGCGAGGGCUGCAAGCAUAUGAUAGUCCAGUGCCCCCAGUGUUUUAGCCUCAUCGAGGCUUCGGAUGCGGACGAUCAUUGCGAAAACGACUGCAUCAGUGCGGCAAGGGAGUGCGAACAUUGCUGCUCCUCAGUGCUGCGGCAUCGGUAUGCUGUUCAUUUGCAGCAAGACUGUCCAGAAAUUCCGAGACCUUGUGAGUACGCUGCUUCUGGGUGCACAUACAAGGCAAAACGUUGCCUCCUUGGGGAGCACGAGCGUGGUUGUGCGUUUGGCGCCGUCGCGCGCAUGGAGCAGAGCUUUCGAAGGGAAAUGGCCUCGCUUCGAGACUUGGCAGAUAGCCAACAGAUGAAGCUUGAACGGCAAGAGAUGGUUAUCCAAUAUUUGACAGAGCGACAGGACAGCUUUCAUCGCACGGGCCCUGGCGAAAGCAUCAUUAAUCCCUCCAGAUCUAUGGACUUGUUGAACCGACCAGUUCCUGAGGCAUCCAGCACGGCAAGGCGACACAAUUCUGCAGCGCAUCUUUCAGGCGAUGCUAGCUCACUGGCAGACAACGCAAGUGGUCACAACAGAGGAGAUGCUGUAAGGGGCCCAUGGGCCAAUCCACCUUCUGGGCCCUACAGUGGCGACGGCAUGCAAAAUGACGCGCACGGCUUCAUACUUGCAGGUCUGACAAGCUGCGAGGAGCGUGUAGAAAGCUUGCAACGGCGUUUGGCCGAGCAGGAUGCAAGACAAAGUCAAAUGCUUGUCAAUGAGAUUUUGCCUGUGCAGGACCAGCUCACGGAGCUGCGGACGGCCAUUGCUGGGAUCGGUAUGGACUUGCGGUUUGUAAUCGCUCGUCAAAAGUCCAUGUAUAGUGGCAGUAUGAAUCGGCUCAACACUGCGGCCACAAACGCAGUAGCUCCCGUUGGAAGUGGCACUUUGGCGGCCGCCCCUGAGCCUGGCUCAAGCGGACAGGGCACUAGUGCGAACGACAGGUUGUUUGAUUCUGCAGGCAACUAUGGAGUGAUGCAACCCCAUGCAAUCACUCCUCCACGUCUUUGAUCUGCAUCGCGCUAGAAGUUUUGUUGUGGUGCUGUUACGAGGCUCCUGGAGGCUGCUUGCAUGGGGCACUUUUCAAGCCGGAGAAUGAUAUUAUGAGUUGCUGUUAUUUUCCUGGGAUUACUUUUGAUGACUUAUUAUGUUUAAAAGGGUGGCGCAUAGGUAUGAGGCACACGAUACGGACUUGUUGACGUUUUCAACUUUGAUACCAACGGAUAGAUCUUUUACUGGAGCUCAGACCAGAACAGCAAGCAAUUCCAAAACAUAUAUGCACCGUCCACAGGUGACUAUUACCUGACUUGAUCAAUUACGCCUGCAUGACACUUAUAAAUACCAAAUCCAGUAGCUAGUUAAAGGUUAAAGUGGCUUCUUGUCAGUUCUGCUCCGU